AUGGCGCCUCCAAGAGCUCCUCGCGGCACUCCAUCGGGACCAGCACGCGAGGGUCGCAACUCCACAUUGGGUGCCAAAACCUCGCGCGGCGGUGGAAUCCAGAAGCGCAAAGGUGGCAGAACCCAAACCGACAGGGAUGGAGAUCUCGACAUGGGAAGCGGCGCUGGAGCCAGCAGCACUCGCCGUUCAAACAACGUCAACAGAGGACCGUCGGACGAUUCCAACAAUUCGAGACCUCAACGAUCGGCGAGAUCCAACGGUCCGCCCACUAAACCCGGCUCGAAAGUACACCAGGCGAUUGCUCGACACUUGGAUACUGGCGAUGGAAAUGACCUGGUAUCGAGAAGGAAAGGACAGGGACCUGGUCUCGUCUGGCUCAGUGUCAAGGGUUUGAAGGAGAGCAAAGCUGCGAGCAACAACGACGGUGGACUGCGGGAUCUGAUCAUGUUUCUGGAGCGGAAAGCCACAACUCUGUCCGGUCGCAAUAAAACGGUGCACAUCAAGAAGUCAAGUCUGAAGGGGGAUUUGGUCAGCGUUGCGGCAAGCAAGGAAGAUGCGGAAGAAAUCUUGAAGGUCAACUCGUUUACAUUUGCCGGUACUCAGCUGGAGAUCACCGAUAGUGACGGAUCCAUGGCCAAAGCAAAUGAGGCAUCUGCUGCCGCACAGGAAACAAAGCAAAAACUCCAAGGCAUCAUGUCACUCAGAUACGAUAUGGAGAACAAGCUUCUGCGACUUGACGCUCUGAACCAAGAUGAAGGCUUGAUCCAAAUGGGAAUGCUGGAAUCCAAGGAUAGAGCUGAGAAGCUCUUCAAGGUCAUGAUGAGAAUCUGCGACGAACUGUUCAAAACAGCACAGGAAAAGAUUGAUGCAAUUCACAGCAUCAGCUUGGCCAACAACAACAUUGACACAGUCGCGCAAGUCGAAGAGAUGGCGGAUACCUUCCCUGAUCUCAAGAAUCUUGAUCUUAGCGGGAACCAGAUCGACAACAUCGCAGGCCUGUCAAGAUGGAGAUCGAAGCUCAAGAAGCUUGAGACUCUGUAUCUGACGGGCAAUCCGAUUCCGAUCGCGGAUCCCAAAGUCGUGCUCGAGCUGUUGCACUUCUUCCCAAAGUUGCAAGUUCUGAACGGUGAGCAAUUGACACCGGAACGAAUUGCGGAACUCAAGGCAGCUGGCCGCCCGAAACCGAUCCCUCAACGUGGGCCCGAUUUCCGGGACGCCAACGGCAUUGGAGAAGCCUUCCUGUUGGAAUUCUUCCUUGGUUUCGACACCGACCGCACUGCUCUCCUUGCCAAGUACUACGACGACAACAGCCAAUUUUCUCUCGCGGUCGACACGCGCGCCAUUCGAGACGAGAACCAGCCGCAGCCGAUGCCCUGGUCAUCCUACAUCAAGCAGUCUCGCAAUCUGAUGAAGAUUACGACGCCGGCCGCUCGAGCUGCUAGGCUGAUCACAGGCAGGGAGGCGAUCUGGAAUCUGUGGAACGACCUCCCGAAGACACAGCACCCAGACAUCAAGACGGACAUUAGCAAAUACAUCAUGGACUGCCAUCUCCUGCCUGGCCUUGCCGACCCUUCUGGCCAAACCCAAAGCGGCGUGGACGGCAUGAUCAUCUCAGUACAUGGUCAAUUCGAAGAGUGCGACAAAGCUGGCAAGACAGGACUGAGAAGCUUCUCGCGCACAUUCGUUCUGGGACCCGGACGCCCCAACACCAACCCGAUCCGCGUCGUCAGCGACAUGAUUUCCCUCAGAGCCUUCAAUCCCCUUCCGAACGUCUUUGUUGCCGAAGCCCAAGCACCGGCUCCGUCUGCUCAGGAGCAAGAACAGCGACAGGCCAUGAUCGUCGAGCUAUCCAAGCAGACGACAAUGACACCCACCUACUCGGAAAUGUGCCUGUCCGAUGUCGCAUGGGAUUUCACCAGAGCCCUGGCAGUCUUCCACGAGAAAAAGUCUCAAUUACCACCAGAUGCCUUUGCCAGCGUUUAG